UUUUAAUAGAAAGGGUGUAGUUUCUGUGCCAUUUUAUGAAUAUUUCCGAACUGAUUCUGCCCUUACCUGUACUGUUAAUGGUAUAGACCCCUUACUUUAACAUCUGAACUGUAAGUAGCCCCCCCACCCCCACUCUUUAAUCCUCUGUACAAGAUUUAACUGCUCUGCCUCCAUUCAGCUCGCUCCCCAGGCUGACUUUUUCUUCAUGGACUUUGCACUUGCUCUUCCCUUAGCUUGGAAAAACUAUCCCCUCAGCUGUGUGAUUUAAUCCUGUUUCUAGUCUGCACAAGUACCAGAUCAAACUAGUUCUCUUAACUACAUGCUCUAUUUUCCUUCUCUAGGUCACUUAUCCUAAUAGAGAACUAGUGGUUUCACUUGGGAUCUUGUUAGAAAUGCAGGAUCUGAGGCCCUUUCCCAAACAUAAAUUGGCAUCUUCUCUCUUUGUAAUCAUAGGCCCCUGUUCCCUUCUAGGAUCUUCUGUGAAUGUAGAGAUUUGAAAGUGAUUCAUUGAUGCAUAUUCAACACCUGAAACAGUACUCAGCACAUAGAAGGUACUUAGUAAGUUUUGCAUAAAUAAGUAGAAGUGCCCACAGGUGAAUAUGAGUGCUUAAAUGAGACUGGCUCAGUGGGCAUUAAUAGAAAGCCAAACACCUUGGUCUUUUAGUACAUAUUGGACUUAGGAAAGGUGUAAUCAUUGUGAAGUAUAUUAGUGAUAAUAAAACACUUGGUAGAAGGGAUUCAAGUAGUGUUUGUGAGCAGGAGAUGGAACUAAAUAAUUUACAGUACCUAGUAAUCAUUCAGCAGGAAUGAAAAUACAAAUGUCCAAAGCUUCAGGAAGAUAGAAAACUUUCCUUCAAAGUUCAUUUGUGUGGCAGUGUUCUGGUGAUGUUGGAAGUAAAUGUUGAACUUGACCCAGUCCCACAAAAUGAGCAACUGACAUUCAGACUACCAGGGUAAAGGAGUACACCUGCCAAACUGGUACUGAGGAAGGUAAGCUUGAUGUGAGGCAGUGCUUAGUGGCAGGUUCUGGACAUGAUUUUGUUGCCUGAAUGAAGUGAGGCUCUCUCUUGUAUUUUCUUGUAUCACUGUUCUCUAUUCAAUUCCCCCCCCCCCCCCAGCCCCACUUUUUAGCAUUGUUAAAAUGUCACAGUGCAUACCAAAAUAACCAUAUGGUGUUCUAACUUUAAGUUUCACCACUAGCACAAGGUGUUAGGAAUACAAAGAAGGCUUACACUGCUAUACUGAGCCUUGAUGAAAUUCGGAAUUCUCUUUGACCCCCUGGGACAAAUCAGUACAGCCAAUAUGCCUCAGGAAUAUUCUUUGUGGUGUAAGGAAAGGUUCAGAGUAAAGAAGUUGAGGAAGGAAAAGCAGGUACUUUCUCAGGUUAAUUUUAGGGAACAUGCAGAAAUUGCUAUGACCAUUUUUAUUUUUUCUAAACCACACAUGUCUGUAGUUCAUGUAGUUCCUGCCCCAGGAAUGUGCAGACUCCCAAUUUGAAGACUAUUGGAAGUCACCACGUGGUACUGCAGACUGGUUAAGAAAUUUAAGGAAUUACUUAGAGUCUUAGAGAAGUGUUUAAGAGGGAAACUUCUGGUUCAAGGACCAGCUUCCAUUAGUAACUUAGGCAAAUUCGUCUUUAGCUUUCCCACCUUGUCAGGGAGAUAAAACAGCUGUCAUAGGGGUAGGGGUUUAUAUCCAGCUGAAAACAAAUCUGCAUUUGCCCCAACUUCAAAACGGUUUAAAAAACAAAAAACUUAAAGCUUUGCUUGGCUGGGACAAGUUUAGGUGUCAGACCCACCUGAAAUAAUAUGAGAAAAUCAUGUUCAGGCCUGGUCCUUUUGUGACAUCUUUAUCAGCAGUGACAGCUUUACCUCCCAGAAGCACGCAGAAUUCCUUGGUGGGGGGGGUGGUGAGUGGAUUAGGGAAAAAGCCGGGUGAGCAAGCACUGAGGGUGGAUGAAUAUCUCCUGUUGCCACCAGACGAGCUUCAGAAACACUGCUAACAAAAAGAGAGCUGUUAAAGAUAGAGACCUAUUCCCUAGACCCAUUUCUGGUAAGACUGUGGUGGGGGCGCAGCCAGUGGUUGUGAGACUGGCGAUAUUCAGGAGGGUGGACCUUGCUGUUCCUGGCCUCAGACAUGGCAUGGGACCGUUUGUUUCACUUUUGUUCUUCCAAAUGUGGGAGUUCUGCCUGUGUUCGUUGUCGCAAAUUGGUAUUUUGGGGUAUGGAAGGGUGUGUUUUCCGAAGCUGAUCACAGUAAUGUGUAUCCCAUCCUUCAAGCUUUUCUUGUGGUGCAGUGUUGACACAUGUUCAUUGAGAUGUGUGUUGAAGGAGGGAUGUUUUCUCUUUGAAUCUGGGAGAGCCUGUAACCCUGGAAAAGGUGACACUGUGGCUUUUGAGGCUACACAUAAAAAAGGAUACAAUGCUGCCUGGACCACUUGCUACUUACCCUUUGAACCAAAUCAUAAUACUCUGAGGAAGCUAAGUACCUUUAUGAGAAACUAUGUGUCCAUAACCUGGCCACCAUCUCAGCUGAGAGGCCAUAUUAACCAAACGUUAGUAACUGAGUCUUCAGAAGUUGCCAGCCAUCAGCCUUCAAGCCUUCAGAGCUUGAAAGGAGCAGAGGUGACAUGCCCCCACCAAGCCCUUCUCAAACUGCAGGCUUAUGAACAAAAUAAGUAUGAUUCUUUUAAACCAUGACAUUUUGGAGUGCUUUGUAACUCAACAAUAGAUAACCAGAACACAGGGUGAUUAAGCUUACGAGUUAGUCCAGUGUUGCCAGACAUGACAAAGCACCUUGGACUAAGAAGAGUAUGCUGCUUCAGAGCUCCUGGACAUACCACUUUACACAGUAGCUGGAUUUGAUUUUGUGUUCUCUGCUCUGGGAAAGCGUAAGUGCAUUUUCAGUUGUAAGCAGGGUAAUUGUAUUUAUUAUAUGAGGCAGAGGAAAUGUGGGAAUUGUUUGUGCAUGUCUAAUAUGACGUUAUAACUAGAUCUUUCCAGUCUCCAUUUUGACAGAGGCACCAGUGAUCAACAUCAGAUUACCUAAAUGACAGUCUCCGACUUCAUAUUGAUUUAGUCAACACGGAAUGCCUGUUACGUGCCACUCAUUAUUCUGGGUGCUGGGGAAUGAAGUGGUCAACAAAGCAGUUAAAAUCUUCUGCCCAUGAAGAUAUGAAGCUUACAUAUGCAGAAUUAGAAAAGAACUGUUUCUAAAAACCUGCUCCUUCAGAAAUAUGAAAAGGAGUCAGGGUGUGGUAAAGAGGAAUUUGGUCAAGAGAUUUUACUGGAGAGAGUUGUUGGCGUGUGUGUUAAUUAGGAGAGGUUAAAUUAUGAUAAUGAAUACGCAUGGAUGGUGCAUAUCCAGAGGUGGGAUAUGUGUAGGAUGUCAUGAAUCGUGUCCAGUGAGGGCCAGAAAAUCUCUGCAGAUAAAGAAUGAAGGUGAACAUACAUAGGGCUAAGGGUACGGACCAAAAUGGUAGAAGAUCAUCUGCAAGAGUCGUCUGCCUGACUGGAUCAGGCAGUGCAAGAGAGAGAGAGUGUGUUAAGCAAUCUCUGAAGAGAGAAAAGAGAGGUUGGGAGAACAGAAGGAUGCACCCCUUUUUCCUUCUACCUCCCUCCUCCCUUCCCCAUGGCAUGCCUCCAGAGAGAGCAGAUCCAAGCUUGGGAAAAAAGAAUGUUCAGUACUAAAUCAAGUUUAAGAUUUGGUUUAAUAUUUUGUACCAGGCGUCUAAUUUUUAAAUUGAAAUUGUGUUUACUACUAACAGUAACUGAAGAACUUUUACUUUUUCUAAGUAAGAGACCAUGAAAAUUAUGGACCUGUCCAAACAGUCUUUAAAGGUAGGGAAAGAUUACCUGAACUGAGUAAGUUUUGAUGCCAAGGUAAAGGACAAAACUUAAGUGUCACUGUGAUCACAAUCCUUUAUGUCAUGUUUGUUCAACAUACCGAGUUAACACCAAGGGUGGGUAAAGGGCAUGUUUUUCUUAGGUAGACAAUGGAGAGAUCUCCACUUCUAAUACUCCGUUAUUUGUAAGAGAAUUCCAUUUCCUUAUGGGGAUUGAGUUAAAUGGGAACCAUCCCACCUAUCUGUAAUCAUAAAAGUGGACACCUGUCCCAGCCUCAGUGAGAAUGAUGAGGAGCAGGAAAAUUAUUUGACCCAAUAAUUUCAUAACUUCAGGGUAAGGGCUAUAGCUCUCUGUUGGUAUUACCAAUCUGUAGGUGGCCAUUUUUUCCACAGUGUGAAGAGAGAGAGAGGGAGAGAGAGAGCAAAUAAAUGAGCACGAGCCUACUUCAUUAUAUCAUUUUGAUCCCAGACCCAGCUAUACCAUGAAAAAUCUCGCUUAUUAAAUUAACUAAACUUCAGUUUUUACUUAAGCUAGUUAGAGUUGUCUCUUGCAACAUAGUUUUGACUAACACCUCUACUAUAUUUGAAGAGGAACCAAUAUAUAUGCCUCAUUGUCUAUAGUAUGUCCAUAAAACAAUGCUUCUUAGAUUUAUGGGUCUUGAGUCCUUUGAAAUCUAAUGAAAUCAAAGGACUUUCCAUUUUUACAGAUUAGCACAAUAAACUAUAGUAGAAUUUGAUUUUUUUCUUAUAGAUGAUAGAGCAACAUUUAUAAAGAAUUAUAUCUUCCUCCCAUUUUUUCAAAUAUUGAAGAUAAAUAAAAAAUUAUCAAAGAAGGUAAAAAGUAUAUUCAAGGAGAAGGAUGCACUGCUUGCCUGGAAAGCACCCUUGGCCCAGUGGAGUGGUUUUUGAUUCAUUCUUCCUUGGCAAGUUGGGAAUACUUGCUACUCUCUAUCUAUGAACAUGCAGAAGACAUAGAUUUCUGUUUAGAUUGAAAAUUUCAGGACUCUGUCAUUUUCAUCCAUAGCCUGAAGAAUUUUUUCCAGCACUAGACCAUCGACAAGGUUGUCUGCUUUCAGUAUCUCUUUCCAGAGUGGCAGCUUGUACCUAACGUAAGUGUUCUUGUUUGUUUUGUUUUGUUUUUGAUGGGUUUUUCCCCCCAUCAGUAUCUACAAAUGUCAUGUCAAGGCCUCCAGUCAAAGAAUUUACCUUAUUCAUGUGGCUGAAAAUAUCUGUCAAAUGACCCAGUUCAUGAGUCAACCCUUCUCUGUCAAACUGAGCUGGAAUGUGGGUUGGUUAUAUCCUCCUAAUAGUAAAGCUUCUAUAAAAGGUUCAUUUAAGUAUGUGAAGACUUUUCUUCUGGAAAAUCAGCAAUCACGUAUUACAUGCCUUGUUAUGACAAAACCUCUUGAAAGGUAGCUGUUCAAGGCGCCAUUUUAGUUGUCAACUGAUCUCAAACAUGCCAAUGUAGAAAGCUAUACUCUUGUAGUCUGGUGAUGUGUGGCACUUUUUCACUCACCCACAAAAUCAGAUGAGUUCCAACUACAAAUUCUUAUCUCCACUUGGAGUAGCAGGAUGUUUCUUCUAGUUGAAUUGUCUUUGGCAAAAUUGUAAUCUUGAAGAUGAUACCAAGUUAGUAAUUC